AAAGUAAUUUACCUUAUUUACUUUUAGAUAUGAGCAACAAAUUAUCGUCAUAGGUCAACAUCGUUUUUUUAGAGCGCAUGCUCGUUUGUUAUAUUCCAUUUGCUCCGCGAACAACGAACAAACUGCAACUGUCACUGUCAGUUUUUGUACUAUGUCUUGACGCGUGUUUGCAGCGCUGGUUAUUUUUAGUGGUGUGAGAUAAAAUGGCAGAAAAUGGACGAGGAAUUCUCGAACAAUCCAAACCUUCAGUUGACAAAGAUACGCGGUUACGUAGCGUGAAAGAGCGACAAAAUGAAGAAAGGCAGAGGAAACUGGAGGAAAUCAAGGCACAAGCGCUUGCUGCACAAAUUUUUAAGGAACAGAAAGAACAGGAAAGGCGUCGACGAAUAGAUGAAUUGAGGGUUAGAGACGACGAGAAACGUCAUCAAGUAGAAGAGCGAAAAAGAGCAAUAAACGAUGCGGAACGAGAUAGACUACAGUUCAUCUUAAAGAGGAACCAAGAGCGAGAGCAACGUAUCGAAUCGAGGAGGAAGAACGAGAGGAGUAGCGCUGUGUUUGCGUUUGGAUCAUCGACGCCUCGAUUGUUAGAUCCCAGUGAAAUGAGCGUAUCAUAUUGGGGCGCCAGACGAGCUACGUCCAUUCAAAAUAUUAUUACUUCCGUUAAUAAUUCUUCCGCGCUCACACGGAGGCAGUCCGAAAGAGAUUUGGAUACAGGAAGUAAAAAGCGUGCUACUUCUGCUACUGGACUGGAGAGAACUGGCGAGGGUAAUGCACCAGUUAUACCAGCAGGCUGCGUAAGCGGUUACAUAGGACGUAGGCGCACUGACCUAGUCCCCACCAUUCCGACAAAAGACUCAAUCAGUUCAUCCCAUAAAUCCCUUAACCACUCACCAGGUAGGGCUUAUUCAAUGUCGCGCUUAGACCAGCUUGCGAAACCACGCAAAAGGCACGAUAUGCCCUCUUUAAUCGAAUCUGGAAUGUCCGGAUCCUCCUAUAACCUAUCCCAGUCCCGCGACUUUCCCAUGACCCGUAGCGUGAGCCACAUUGCCGUACGUAAAUCAAGACCCAGAGGGGAGUUGAAUAAGGCGGACAGUCGCAGCAUGCAACAGCUGUCUGAGAGACCUGUCGUAGGGCCACCUCGCACAACUCGCGCCACUCAAUUGAGGGACCAAAAAGUGCUCGGUUCCUCCAAUUGUAGUGAUGCAUCAUCAAGGCCGAGUAGUUCCCUUAGUCAACAAAGCACAAAUAGUAUUGCCAGUUCAGUAAGUGUGAGGCACCGUUUCAAUCCUGGUCCAAGAAAACCAAGGCCAGUGAGUAUUGCUGUAACUGGUGUAACACACGAAUUAAAAGGCGAAUCCAAACCACCUCUUCCGAAACCGAAAAAACCGAUGCAAAAACCAAGCGAAAAAAUUGUAAAGAAUAGAGCUAAGACACCUGUAGAUACUGGACCGAAAACAAUUGUUAAAAGUACGACGGGUAAAGAUGAUUUUAAAAAACCACACGAUAGAGCAACUAAUGGUAAUCAAAAGUCUGAAGUAAAUAAUCUCCCUCCACUUGAUCCCAAAUCUACAAUUGUGAAUGGGAAAGUAGAAUCUGAUGUAGUAAAUGUGCCUCAACAUGUUAAAAGUGAUGUAGAAGUAGUAUCAGAAAAAAUUAAAAUAGAAAAUAAUAUAAACGCGACUGUCGAAAUUAGGAAAGAAGUUGUAGAGGAAGCCCUUUUAAUUGACAUACAAUCAAAUGAUAAACAAUCAACGCUUGACAAGCAAAAUACACCUAAUGCAAAUGUAGAUCAGACGGAACAGCAGUUACAACCACAGAACGGUAUAACACUGAUUAUUCAAGAACAGCCAGAGCCUAUCGAUAAAACACCACAACCUAGUGAAAUACCGCCGCAACCCACUGAAAAACCACCACAACCUAUUGAAAAAUCACCUCAACCUACUGAAGUCACACCACAACCUGUAGAAAAUCCAUUAAAAGUUACUGAAAAGGCACCCACUGAAAAAACAGACAAUCUGUUACAACCUGAUGGUGACACUGAUGGAAUGAAUGAAAUGACUGCCUCUAUGACAAAGAGCCGUAUCACAACAGAAGAAGAAGCUAAAGCAGCAUUGGCGGAAAGAAGGAGACUGAUUAGAGAAGAGGCUGAAAGACAAGCGGAAUUAGAAAGGUUACGAAUUGAAGCUGAAGCUAAGGCCGAAUUAGAACGACAACAACAAGAGGAGGAACAGAUAAGGCAAUUAAUCGAGCUGCAAAGGCAAACAGAGCAGGAGAGGUUGCAAGAAGCAAUAAAAGAAACACAAAAACGUGAAGAAGAAGAGAGGCUAAGAAGAGAAGAAGAACAACGGAUGAAAUUGUUGAAAGAGGAAGCCGAAAAGAAAGCACGUGAAGAAGCUGAAAAGCAGAAAGCUGAAUUACAAGAAAGGCUUAAAAAUGAAGAAAAAGAAAGGGAAGCGCGACGCAAAAGAGUAGAGGCUAUAAUGUUAAGAACAAGGGGAAAAAACAAUGCUAAUUUAUCAUCAAAUAGUACUGAUGAAAAAAAUGAAAAUAAAUCUGAAGAAAUUAAAGAUAGUGUAGAUAGUAAAGUAAAUGGGACUAAACUAGAAGAACAGGAAAAUGGCACAACUAAAAUUGCUAAGGAUAUUGUUGAUAAUUUAAUACCCAAUGAAAUAGUGAAAAAUGCCAAUACAGUUACAAUAGAAUCAAUGAAUACUAACGAUUCAAUAAAUUCGAAUAAUGCGUGGCGAGAUAACCAACAGUACGGUAAUUUUGUGUUUAAUAACAAUAGUUAAAGAAAACAAAUGUCUGUAUUUUUCAGAUGCAUUGAUGUGAGAAAAUAAUUUUUAGGUAUACAUACAAUAGUUGAAUGAAUAUUUAAUGUAUGUAUGUGUGUAUAUACUGUGCUGUAUACAUCCACACAUAGUGUAAUUUUAUUGAUUUAUUAUUAGAAAUGCCCUUAUAUAACUUAUUUAAUUGUUGAUGUUUGUGUACACUUUUGCAGUUUUAAUUCUAAAUUACAGAUUAGUUCCAGAUUCUAUACAUAAAAUUCCCACUUAUCAAUGUAUAUAUUUUUCAUUCUUCAAUGUUUUUUUAAAAAGUUUAUUGAUAUUUUUAAAAAUUAUUUAAAAUUAUUCAGUUGAACCAACUGUUUUUUGACGUAAUGAUUUCUCAAAUCAGUAAGACUUAACUUCUCAGGCAUGAAACCACAAUUACAAAAACAUAUUCCUAAAAGGUAACUGUAAUAAAAUAACGGAAUUAAAGCAAAAAUAAAUAACUUUAAAUUUGGAAUUUUAAGUGUAGAUUCUGAAGAUAAUGCCUUUAAUAGUACUUCAUUACCUUGGUGGUUAAAAAAACAAUUUAGUACCAUUCAAAAUAAUUUGAAUUGUUUGAAGGACUGAUUUACUUAAGUGAUUGAGUAUAAGGAAUUGUGUAAUGUUUAAUUCAUAUUUUGGAUGGUACUCACUACCCUAUAGCUGGCGUAAUGAUUUUGUGGACUGAUUAAUGUUAAAUAUUAAAAUUGAAUUUUUAUUGAUUUUAGUUAUGUUACUGUUAAUUAUUUUAACAAAAAAGAUCUGCAACUAGAUUAACAACCGUUUCUAUGCAGAUUUUCGCAAGGGGGCCACAACCGGUUACUUUUUUUAAAUGAAUACAAAUAUUUUCCAGUAAAAAAAAACGUACUAUUAUAUUCUAAUAGUUGAAAUAUAUAAAACUUAUUGAUUGAGGUUGUGGGGAUGGGGAAGCGGUUUCUUUCUCAUUUAAAAAAAUGUUUAUUAAAUUUGUUACUAUUUACUUAUUACUAACUUGUAACUGACUAGAUUGUAAAUUUUCAACAAAUAAAAAAAUUGCUUUAUUUUUGUGUAUUUUUGUAAUUUCUAAAAAUUGUUUUAAUUAAUAAGAAAACUUGUAGAAAAUUGUAUUAUUUAUCGAUCAAAUUUUAUAAGUAAAACAUUCGUAACCGCAUAUAAAAUAUUCGACACUGCCUGAUAAUUUAGUAGAAAUGCCUGAAAUAUAAAUUUAUUUUUUUAACCAUUAAGUGUCUUUAAAAAGUUAACAUUGCUGUGUAUAAUUUAUUGUUGAGAUUAUAUGUGUAUACAAGCAGGGAUAGGUGCGUAGGAAAAAAUGGCAACUUUCUAUUAAUUGGUUACGUUUUUAGUUUUUGAUAAUGUACCCACUAGUCAAUAGUGUCAUCUAAUGCUCCAUAUUUGUUUCGUUCAUGUUUUUGCUAGAUUUCCAAAGUUAUUGAUGAUGAGUUUAGAUAUCAAUUUUUUUUAAAAAUAAUAGUUUGAAGAAUUAAAUUUUACAACAUCCUUACUAAACCUAAUGUGUCUUUCUGACUUAUUUUUCUACUGUAGAUGGUUUUAUUUUAAAUGAUAAACUGAAUGCCACCUUCAGCGAGUACUGUAAGCGAAGUUCAGUGCACUAGGCUCAUUGUGAAUCCUCUAGGGGCAAAGUGACUUCCUCUUAGUCAACCAGGUUACUAUUAUAAAUUAACCAAAAGGUGACGAUGUUUCUAGGCUAAUCUAGAUGUCCUUUGUCCCUUCAGAGGUAGUUAUUUUAGUCGCCUCUUAUGACACCUGUGAUCUAUUCUUUUUAUUCGCCUGAUGCCUAAAUAUACAUUAUUUCUUGCUUUAUUUCUGAUAUUUAUAUAUUAUAUAAUAUAUUAAAUCAGUAACUUGCAAUUAUAUUAUCUAUUUAAAAUAAUUGACUGAGGCUCAUUCAACAAUUAUUCAAAUUGAUGGAAUUGAACCAAUAUGGAAUUAUUUAAUGUCGUUUAUACUAAAUUAUUCAAUAUCUUUUCGAUUUGGUCGAUUCAGUACAACUAAUUUGUGAACAUCGAUAAAAUAAAAGCCAGACUAGACUGAAAAAGUAAAUAAUUUGUAAAACAUUAUUUAAAAAUAAAGUACUUCCUGUUUUUUUUUUCUAUGGUCUGCAUUAGAUGUCAUAAUUGAAAUUUGGAAUGCAAAAUAUAGUUUUGAUCAAAAGCAAAAAACGUGUGAUUUCAGUAUUAGUAUUGCUUUUGAUCGAAAUUAUCUUCUUCCAUUAAUAUCUUUUUACAAACUCGAUCUGUACUAGUCAUCUUGAUUGUAAGUAAAAUUUGUUGUGUAAUAUUUCUUAUUUUACUCUGCUUUUAGGACAUGUCCGUUUUUUUUUUUUUUUUUAAUAGCAGAUGUAAUUUUAUCUGCAAUUUAAGUAGUUUUUUACUGUUUUUAAUUCAUUUGGUUUUGAAUUGUGUAAAAUAUUUAUUGCAUGGAAAAGGGUAACUGUUAUUUAGUUAAUAUAUUUUAAAUUACAGCAUUAUUAAUUAACAUCAAUCUUUAAUUAUUAUACCUAGUAGAUUUUCAUUAUUCUAAUUCAUAAACUGUUAUUAAUUGAUUUUCUGUUUUUUUUUUGUUUCGUUCGAUAUUUUUCAAUUGAUUGAAAGAAAAUAAAUCACUUUAAUAUAAGUAACAGAUUAAAAAUCUUAAGAGAAACUUUCUUCUGCUGGUCAAAAGAUAUUGAUCUUCUAUGCUUUUAUAUUCUCAUUAACGGCUACUUUAGAAGUUUAGGCAUAAUGUAAAUAUUUUUUAUUUCUAAAUUGUUGCAAUUUAUAUUUGUAAUAUAAUUAUAUAUUUUUCCAAAUUUAUUUAUAGAGGGCAUACCUAGUCUACAUAAUACAUAUUUUAAUCAUGAUAAUAUGUAAGUAAUCAUUUUAGUAGUUUACUAUCCACCUUUGAAAAUUACUGAAUUUGAAAUUUCUACUGGGUGUCUAUUAUAGAUAUAAAUCUUUGACACAUUGAUUGUAAAACCGUAGCUCUUGGUUAGAAAAUAUAGAAUUAAGACCAAAAAUUACAAAUAUAUAUAUUAAUACGGUAAAUGCGAGAAAUUAUACUCACAUUUACAAUUUAAAUUUCAUAAUCUUGUAACUUAAUAAAUUAUCAGAUGGAGGCAAUUGUAGAAUAAAUAAAAAUACCGUUAUAAAUUAUAACUUUCAAUAACAAUAUGUGGUUAAAUUGCUUGUUAAAAUUGCUUUUAAUAAAUGUAAAAAAUAAAAUUGAUUUUCAUUUCAUAGUUCCCAUCAAAUAUGGCUUUUGUAAUUAUUUGCAGCAUGCACAAAAAUUUACGAUUUCAUUUAAACAAUGAAAUCCAGUUCAAUUGUACUUAAAACGUUAAAAAAUAAAUCUUCUAUUUUCUUGUUUCCUCUUCCAAAAAGACAUCAAUUUGCAUAUGGCCAUUCCUCUUCUUAUUGUUAGUCUUAUUCCAAGAAGGCUAAGGGCUUACUAUGCACUAAAUUACGAAAAAAAGACUAUACUAACGUCAUCUAUUAAUAAUGCUAAUCAUGAGCUGAAACUAACCAUUUAUUCAUAGAUAGCCAUCUGUAAUGUGUGGAGGGUGGGUUACCGCACGGCACUUAGGCCCAUUGUGCAUCCUCCUAGCUCGUGAGCCAGCCUACAGAUUUAAUGUAGUUGGCAACGUCGCCAAACACAAAUCUAAUAUUUUUAUUUUCAACUGCGCGUCUAUUUUUCUUUUCAUUUUUGAAUUGUUCUAUAAUAGACGAUUACAAAAGUGUAUGUAAUACCAAAGUCAUUGGGUCUGUGAAUUAGAGACAAAUAUUAAAUCAGAAAUUUUUAAUUCUUAGACAUUAGUAUUGUAAACCAAACCAAUACAUGUAAAAAUAGAUAUUAAUAAAAAUCAUGUACCAUGUUUAUUAGUUCAGUCCUUUCAAUAAAAUUUUAAUCAUCUAUUAUUGGUGAAUUAAAAAGUAAAGAAAAAAAUGUUGAGUGUUGCAGUCUUCUGUAUAAAAUAUCAGGUCUUCUUUGUAGCAUUAUUGGAUAAAUCCCGUUGAUUCUCAGUUCAAAUAAAUUGAUUACCCAUUUUAGUUUGUCAUAAUCCACCACUUUAUUUACACAUGUAUAUGUAAUUGUUUGUUUGUCAUGACUUAUUUUUAAUUCUGUAAUUACUCUGUCUUCUUUAUAAUUUAAAACAUGUUUCUUUUUGUUUAUUAUGUAUGUUUCCUUUAAAUAUUGUACAAUUUCUAUAUCAUUUAUGCUUUUAUAUUUUAAAUUGUUAUUUUUCAUAAAUAAAUAUCUCCUUAAUCGAA